ACGUCACGGGCGUGCGCUCGUUUUUCAGUGUUCGGACUUUUUACGGGAUGCGGGUGUCGCGAAGCCUCGUCCAGUCUGUCGGAUGCUCGAUAUGAGCCGGAUUACGAUGAGCUUGAAGCCCGUGGCGUCCGGAUGACGGAGUCCCGAUGGAUCCGAGCGAACUGAGCUCUUCUGCUCAAUAAGUCCCCACUGAUCCGCACAGCAGCAGCAGCAGCAGCAUCUCCUCCACCGGACACGACAUGGAUGAUUCGGGAAUAAUCAGACGCAGGCGGCUACAGAAGGAUCUUCCUCUGCCCCGUAAGAACAGCAGUUGCCGCAGUAACCGGAAGAGUUUGAUUCUGACCUCCACCUCCCCGACUCUGCCCCGCCCACAUUCCCCGUUACCGGGACACAUCGGAAGUAGUCCCCUGGACAGCCCUCGAAACUUCUCUCCCAGCACUCCAGCACAUUUCUCUUUUGCUUCCUCAAGACGGGAUGGGCGUCGAUGGUCACUGGCGUCUCUUCCAUCUUCUGGAUAUGGAACAAACACUCCCAGCUCAACGUCUUCCAGCUCGUCUCAGGAGCGUCUGCACCAGCUGCCGUCUCAACCCACCAUGGACGAGCUGCACUUCCUGUCCAAACACUUCGGCAGCACAGAAAGCAUCACUGACGAUGACGGGGGACGCUGUUCACCCCACAUAAGACCCCGCUCACGCAGCCUGAGUCCGGGUCGCUCUCACUCCUGCUACGACAAUGAGAUCAUCAUGAUGAAUCAUGUUUACAGGGAGCGUUUCCCUAAGGCGACGGCGCAGAUGGAGGGCAGGUUGUGUGAUUUCAUGCACUCGUAUUGUCCUGAGAGCGUUCUGCCGCUGGCCGACGGGGUCCUGAGCUUUAUACACCACCAGAUCAUCGAGCUGUCCAGAGACUGUCUGACCAAAUCUAAGGAGGGUGUAAUUACAUCUGUCUACUUCUUUGAGUUGCAGGAGAACCUGGAGAAACUUCUGGAUGAUGCGUAUAAGCGGUCGGAGAGUUCAGAGUUGACCUUCGUCACCGAGUUGGUGAAGAAACUUCUCUUCAUCAUCGCUCGACCUGCUCGACUUUUGGAAUGUUUGGAGUUUAACCCUGAAGAGUUCUAUCAUCUGCUGGAGGCGGCUGAAGAUCAUGCUAAAGAAGGACACCUGAUGAAGACUGACAUCCCGCGAUACAUCAUCAGUCAGCUGGGCCUGACCAGAGACCCUCUGGAGGAGAUGGUCAGUCGAGAACAUUACGACAGUGAGGGGCCCGUCACACCGGAGACAGAUGACUCUGCAGAGGGAAAGAUGAAACCCAUGAAGCCACCUGGAGAAGCAGAUUUUCAAACCAUCAAACUGAUCAGCAAUGGAGCCUAUGGUGCGGUUUAUCUGGUCCGCCAUCUGGAGACGCGACAGCGAUUCGCUAUGAAGAAAAUCAACAAACAGAACCUGAUUCUGAGGAACCAGAUCCAGCAGGCGUUCGUGGAGCGAGACAUCCUGACCUUCGCCGAGAACCCGUUCGUGGUCAGCAUGUUCUGCUCAUUUGAGACCAGACGACACCUGUGUAUGGUCAUGGAGUAUGUGGAGGGAGGCGACUGCGCAACACUGCUAAAGAAUAUUGGAGCGUUGCCUGUGGAAAUGGCACGGAUGUACUUUGCUGAAACAGUCCUGGCUCUCGAAUACAUACAUAACUAUGGAAUCGUGCACCGAGAUCUCAAACCGGACAAUCUGCUGAUCACGUCAAUGGGCCACAUUAAACUUACUGAUUUCGGUUUGUCUAAAAUGGGUCUCAUGAGUCUCACCACAAACCUGUACGAGGAACACAUAGAGAAGGACACCAGGGAGUUCCUGGAUAAACAGGUUUGCGGCACCCCUGAAUACAUCGCCCCGGAGGUGAUCCUGCGGCAGGGUUACGGCAAGCCAGUGGACUGGUGGGCCAUGGGCAUCAUCCUGUAUGAGUUCCUGGUGGGCUGCGUGCCGUUCUUCGGUGACACACCGGAGGAGCUGUUUGGUCAGGUGAUCACAGAUGACAUUGUGUGGCCAGAGGAUGAUGACGCUCUCCCCGCUGAUGCGCAGCACUUGAUCUCAUCUCUUCUGCAGACCAACCCACUGCUCAGACUGGGCACAGGUGGAGCGUUCGAGGUGAAGCAGCAUCCAUUCUUCUGUGAUCUGGACUGGAGCAGUUUGCUCCGACAGAAAGCUGAGUUCAUCCCUCAUCUGGAGUCGGAGGAGGACACCAGCUACUUCGACACCCGAUCAGAGCGAUAUCAUCACGUUCACUCGUACGAUGAAGACGACACUAAUGACGACGAGCCAGUGGAGAUUCACCGCUUCUCCUCCUGCUCUCCACGCUUCAGCAAGGUGUACAGCAGCAUGGAGCAUCUGUCCCAGCUGGAGCACAAACCCGUGGUGACCCGGCGAGAGCCCAAAGCUCACAGAGAAGAUCGCAGUAAGAGAGAAAGUCUGGGCAGCCUGACCCUCCGAGACAAGACCUGGAGAACUGGAUCCCCUGAGAUGAAGCGUUUGUCGUGUUCAGAGUCAUCCUUUACUGAAUCUGACUCCAGUCCUCCGGGAGCACGUCGGCGUUUCUCGGCGCUCAUGGACACGCACCGCUUCGCUUCUCCACUAGAGGGAGAUGGUGACAUGCACACGCGCCAAACACCCAUCAAAACCAGGGGAUCGUCACUAGAGGGUGCCAGCAUGCCUGUUGGCUCUGGACUGGUGGAGUCCAGCUCUUCGGCAUCAGUGGGACAUCCUGGAGAUAAACUCCUGCGGCCUGCCGAUGCCGCCGCUGCCACUCCCACAGUUCCUCUACACAUUCCAGACACGUUUGGGCCUCGUGUCGGAAGUGACCUUGUCUUACGAAGAGCACGACAUCAGAUUCCGACCGACAGCGAGAAACGCACCGCGACUCGCUCUGGAACCAAAGUCAUAAAGUCGGCCUCCGCCACAGCCCUGUCUGUCAUCAUACCUGCAGUUGAGCAGCAUGGUACAUCUCCAUUGGCCAGUCCCAUGUCUCCUCGUUCCAUCUCAUCCAAUCCCUCGUCUCGUGACUCGUCUCCGAGUCGUGACUACUCACCUACGGUCAACGUCCUGCGCUCACCGAUCACCAUCCAUCGCUCUGGGAAGAAGUACGGCUUCACCUUGCGUGCCAUCAGAGUCUACAUGGGCGACAGUAACGUCUACAGCGUGCAUCACAUGGUCUGGCAUGUUGAGUGUGGCGGGCCGGCGCAGGAGGCGGGGCUUUGUGCUGGUGACCUCAUCACCCAUGUGAAUGGGGAAUCUGUGCACGGAUUGGUGCACACAGAGGUGGUGGAGCUCAUUCUGAAGAGUGGCAGCAAAGUAACAGUAACAACCACUCCAUUUGAAAACACGUCCAUAAAGAUCGGACCAGCAAGGAAGCUGAGCUACAAAGCCAAGAUGGCCAGACGCAACAAGAAGUCAGCCGCAAAAGAUGGACAAGAGAGUAAGAAGCGCAGCUCUCUCUUUCGUAAGAUCACGAAACAGUCCAACCUGCUUCACACCAGUCGUAGUCUGUCCUCUCUGAAUCGCUCGCUGUCGUCUGGAGACAGUCUGCCUGGAUCGCCAACACAUAACCUGUCUGCUCGAUCGCCCACGCAGACGUACCGCUCUCCUCCAGAGUCCGCCUACCUUGGCACGUCGUCUCAGAGCAGCUCACCUGCAUCCAGCACGCCAAACUCGCCUGCGACGUCUCAACACAUGCGGCCAAGUUCUCUUUACGGUCUUUCGCCCAAACUCCACCGGCAGUACCGUUCUGCUCGCUGUAAAUCCGCUGGGAACAUUCCUCUGUCUCCGCUGGCUCACACGCCGUCCCCUACUUCGUCUUCCCCACCGCCCAUUGCUGGACACACUGUUGGCUCCUCCAACACCACCCAGGCAUUUCCUGCCAAGCUCCACGCCUCUCCUCCAAUCACGCGCCCCCGGCCCAAGAGUGCAGAACCACCCCGUUCCCCUCUCCUCCAACGGGUGCAGUCAGCCGAGAAACUUGGCCCGCCCCCUCCACCUUCAUUUCCAUCCACCUCGUCUUCCGUGGGCUCGGACAGAAAGGGAGGGCUAUGCGUGUCCAUGAGGAAGCACGGUUUGGAGGUUGUGCAUGCCGAAUACCGCCGGGAGUCAUUCCACUGUGAACACGCCCUCCAGAGCCUGAUGGAGAUUGAGGGCGAAAACACACCCGGGGCUCCACCCUCUCCACCGGACCAGACGCCAACGCACACGCCCGCCCAGCUCACGAUGAGUCCGGCAAGGCAGCUCGGAAGACAGGACUCAAUUUCUAGUCGAGAGUCUGAGGGGAAAGCGAAGCAGUCUGACUCAAGUGAAGUCGUUUUAAGGACUGCGUCAAAAACCCAACCAGUAGCAACCACGUUGGAUCCUAAAUCAACCCAUUCUGGUGAGCCACUUCAGAAGGAGAAAGUGGCAUCCAAGUCUGAGUCUUCUCAAGUGUCAGUCGUCUCGACUGGGAAGGAGGCAUCCAGGGAUGCGGGAAAGAUUGAAUCUCUUACUACAAUGAGAUCCAGCCCUAAGAUACCAGAGAGGACACCAGUUGUCCAGAGCUCUGGAGCACAGGAACUCAAACCCCAUAGCCUUCAAACCGAUGGUCCUAAAGGGCUGGAAAAUGGGAAAGACAUGGGAAAGAUCCCAGUGAAGGAGAAAACUGCACAGACAAUGGUUCCAGAGGCAAGCAAGUCAGUUAAAGGACCUAUAAACGUUCAGGGGACUGGACCAAGUUCUGUUGGAGCACCUAAAGUCUCAGAAGUAGUUCCUGCCCAGUCCAAAACCAUUGAAGAAAGAACCCCAUUGGGGUCAACCAGAGGCCCUCAAGAGGAAAGAUGUCGCCUGGAAGCGGCCGAAGAGUCCCCAGCCUCUCCGUCUCCAACCGCCAGGUCGCCUUGCGCAAGCAAAUCACGUGCCGUAUCUCCUGGCGACAGAUCCAGCUUUGUGACGCAGCUCACCAGUGUGGCAAAAACCGUGCUUGGGCCGAUGAAGUUGGGCUCUCAGGAUGGCGGGAAGACCAAGGACAGCUCCAAAACCAACGAGGACAAACGAGCCGCCACGUUGGGAAAGUCCGAGGCCUCAUCUGGGAGUCGCCGUGGGUUGACAGGAACAUGGCCCGGGCCUGGAUCAUCAAAGUCUGAAAAGGCAUCGAAGAGCUCUUCCAAGCAUUCGUAAUAUUCCUAAUUGGAAUAUUCUGUAUGGAACUUUAAAUGGGAUACAUUCCCAGUAUUUGUCCAAAUGCAGACUGUUCAAAAGACUCACAGCCAUCAAACCAAGAUAUAAUGAAAGAAAAAAUUCAUAAACAAGUAAAGGUGCUUCAAAAUGACCAUUGUCAAAUAUGUUUGUUUGUGCAUAUGCCAUAAGAAUAUAUGCACCAUCAUAUGUGGAUGUAGAACAAACCAGUACGUCUCUCUAGAUGCAUGUUACAUGUAUAUUGUGAAUAGAGGAGUCAAAAAAAUAAGACCCAAUGCUAGUGAUCACUGCACAUCCAAUCAUUCCUGCCCCGAUCUGUAGAGGGCAGGAGCUGUCAUUCACCGUAUCAACCAAUCAGUUUGUCAUAUUUAGAAACGAGAGGUAGUUAAAGUGUUUACCUAGUGACCGACACCAUGGAUCUAAAUGAUCUCAGUCCAGUACCUCUAUACUGUUAAACUGCCAACAGUAGCACUAUACUAGAGGCAACAGAAUGCCUAACCAGAGGUUUGAGACGGUGGAACUGGUGGAAAAGGGAAAUGAUUGUUGCACAAUGACAGAACCAUGUGUAUAAGUGCUUGUUUCUGCUGUCUUAAUUACAUUUGCACUGGAAAUGCCCAGCAAAAGUCAGCAUGAAAUUAAAAUUUACCAUAUUUACUUUCUUAAUGUAUUGCAAUGUUGUUUAAUCUGCGUAAAAUGUAAUUGAUCCACCCUGACUAAGGUCUGUAGCUACUUUGUAAGAAAUGCAGUAAUGGAGUAAUUUAAUGCAUAAACACAUUUGGAAAAGAAGCAUGAGCGUUAUGGAAGUAAAUUGGGUUGCAGAUGUCGUUUCAUGUUGACUUUUAUGUGGAUAAAUUUAAAUGUCUUUGGAAAGAAGUAAGGAGAAUCUAUAUAAUUUUAAUUUGCCACUCUGAGACUGAAGGGAAAACCUCAAGGAUGGCAUUGUUAAGAAAUGAUAUUGAGAUUAUUAGAUGAACUCUAUGAAGAAAAUAGGUCACUAUGAUGUCCUCUUGUUAGAUUAUAUAUAUUAUAGGCCAGUAAAUGCACUGUGGAUUAUACACUUGAAUUCUUACAAAUCUGACAAAGCCUGAAUUAUUCUUUAGUAUAUGCAGAAGAGUUUGUGAAGUAUGAGGUGGUAUAUGUGUAGAUGUGUUUCAUUUUACUCCAUUCAGGGCUUUUAAUUCACUUUUGCUACAUUGCGUCCAACUUUUAUAGGAAUUUAUUGUGUAGUAGGUUGACAUGUAAACGUCUAGUGGUUUGCGAGGGAUGAAACAAUGUUCUGGAAGUGGCUUCAUGUUACGUGUGGAACUGAUUCAGUCUGUUUACACUUUAAAUCACACGGUCACUCUCACAUUUGUGUGAACGUCCUUUGGAGACUCUGUGUAGUGAAUAUAGCGAUGUCUUAGGAGUGUUUGGUGCCACGUUAAUGCAAUGAUUUUCUUCCAAUCAGCUGAUCCUUGAUCCUUGAUUGACUGUUUUAUGCCAGUAGAGGACUUUACACUUUACCCAAAUAUAUUAACCCAAAUAUUCUCUGUGGUAUUAUCAUGGUUUUUCAGACAGUGUACCAUGAUUAUUUUGGACAUGCGCCUUGAAUAUACAUGGAUUCAGUGGUGUCUGUGAUCCAUGGUAUAUAUCAGGUACCAACAUAUGUACCAUGGUAACACCACAAUACUUUUUGUGAGGAUAAUGUCAUCUUCUAUAAGUUUAAUAAUAUUUGGGUAGGGUGUUUAUGCCUUUAUUAUGUUUUCAGAUUGAUUUGUGCAGUAAAGUGUGUGUAUGUAGGAUAGAUCGUGUCAGUUUUCCGUCCGUGUGUUUAGAUUCUGUAGGCGUAGCGUUUGCCUGAGACACCGUUACUCACGCAAUGAGUACAAGCAAUGUUACAGAAUGCACUUUAUUGAUUUAUCUCUUUGUAUUUAUUUAUAACUUUAUUUUAAUGAUUUUUGCCCUGUUCGAUUAUUAAAAACUGUGCUGCUUUGCAUAAAUCUUCCUCGAACUGUUUUACCUGUGAAUUGUUUUUGUACAUUCACUUCUUAUAUCAUUGUUUAUUUACAGUUUUUUAUGAUUUCUCACCUCAGGCAAUGUUAUAAACUAAUGCAAUUUUAAAAAAUGUCAAUAAUAAAGUGGAGUAAUAAUAAAUAAA